AUGCCUCGUGAUCCCUCUCAUAAACCCCGUCUUCCUCUCUUGUUACUCACCUCUCUCCUAAUCCUCAUCCUGGCGGCCUUCAUCCCCUCCAUAACCUCCCGCCUCACCCUCAUCCUCUCCCACCUCCGCUCCCAAUCCACCACACCAAACCUCGCCAAAAUGACGUCCCUCUACUCCCGCGAGCUCGAAAUCGCCCAGCUAGCCGUCCAACGCGCCUCCAUCCUCACCAAACGCGUCUUCCACGAGACCUCCAAAGGAACCGUCUCCAAAGACGACGCCUCCCCCGUCACCAUCGGCGACUUCGGCGCCCAAGCCCUGAUCAUCUCCGCCCUCAAGCACAACUUCCCCCACGACGAAAUCGUCGCCGAGGAAGAGGCCACCGAGCUCCGCGCCAACCCUCCCCUCCGCGAUCAAAUCUGGGAGCUUGUCCGCACUACCAGCUUGGAUGACGUCGCUGCUGAGGGGCUUUUGGGAGGCGGGAUCAAGGAUGCGGAUGCAAUGCUUGAUAUCAUCGACCAAGGAAACAGCAAAGGUGGAAAAGUAGGGAGGGUCUGGACUAUUGAUCCAAUUGAUGGCACCAAGGGUUUUUUGAGAGGGGGGCAAUACGCCGUUUGCCUUGCCCUGUUAGAGGACGGGGAUGUCAAAGUGGGAGCGAUUGGGUGUCCUAACUUGCCGGUUGACGAUGCGGCACCUUUGACGGCCGAUAUCGGGGCUAAUGCUACCGACGACGAAGGGAGGGGUGUGCUUUUUUCUGCGGUUAUUGGACAGGGCGCAACGAGCAGACCUCUCAAGGCCGGUGCCCUGGCUGAGGAGAGGAGCAUCUCUAUGAAGCCUCUUACCGACAUGUCCAACGCAAGCUUUUGCGAGAGUGUCGAGGCGGGACACUCGAACCAGAGCGAGUCGGCGCAGAUUGCGCAGAAGCUGGGGAUUACCAAGCAGAGUGUGAGAAUGGACUCGCAGGCCAAGUACGGGUCUAUUGCCAGAGGCGCGGGAGAUAUCUACCUGCGUUUGCCGACUUCCAAGACAUACCAGGAGAAGAUCUGGGAUCACGCUGCUGGUGAUUUGAUUGUGAGGGAAGCUGGCGGCCAGGUAACCGAUAUCAAGGGUAACCGUCUGAAUUUUGGCGUGGGGAGGACGUUGGCCACCAACAGCGGUGUCAUUGCUGCGCCAAAGGCUGUUCACAGCCAAGUUCUGAGCGUCGUCCAGGAGGUCCUGGGUGUAAAAUAA